AUGCUGCCCGUGCUGCCCUCGCUGCCCUCACUGCCCUUGCUGCUCCUGCUGGCGACGACUGCCCCCAGCCACGGCUGGUCACGGCCCCUCUGGUACCAGGUGGGGCUGGACUUGCAGCCCUGGGGGUGCCAGCCAAACAGCAUGGAGGGCUGCAGGGCCAGUCUGGGCUGCCCUGGCUAUUGGAUGGACCUGGGAGCGAACCACAUCUACCCUGUGGCUGGGGUCACGCUCACCACCACCAUGAUGAUGCUGGUGAUCAGCCGCCGGGUGCUGCAGCGGCGGCGCCUACAGGCCACCAAGGUUGAGCACCCGCAGGUGACCACUGAACCCUGUGGACCCUGGAAACGGCAGGCCACAAUCUCAGACCGCACUAUACUGCUUGGAGUCCUGCACAUGCUGGAUGCCCUCCUGGUCCAUAUCGAGAGCCACCUACGGCAUCUAGCCACCCAGCAGCAAAUCCAAAUAAAGGGGACUUCCACCCAGAAUGGGUGA